AUGGAGGGGCGCGAACCCAGUUUAACCAAAGGUGAAACUGUCUCGACAAAUGGGAACGAUGGUACGACGGAGGUGCAGCAGCGGGCACAAAGGCAGAAGACGGGAGACUCAGAGGCUAAAGACCUUACUAAGGACGAACGAAUCGAGUUGGCGGGGCACGACAUCGACGACGCGUGCGGGCAGUUCGAGGAGAAAAUGAAGACCCGCGAUUAUCGACCCUUCGUCGACGAAUCAGGCUUUGUGUACCGCUUCACAUUGGUGAGAAAGGAUAUAUUGAAGAACCGGCUUGCAAAACAUCGUAUGAAGGUGCGCUAUGCGCCUCAUUUCUCUUCCCAGCCCGAUACCAAUUACCCGAUAUGCCACGGAGCGGUUGAGGGCAAGCGUGGAGAGCCGGGAAAAGAUAUGCGUUUCAGGUGCUCUGAAGACCCGGAAUUACGCUCGAGACUUCCUCCCUGUCCGGUGCCGAUGUACAUCUUUUCCAAACAAUACCCAUUUUCUCGGAACCCUGUGAUUGAGAGCUCCCUGCCUCGACACCUCAGACCUUCAAACUCCAAGCUUCGUGUGCGCAUUCCCGAUCCAUGGGCUUUGAGCCUGCAACUCUUUGAGUCAGACUCGGUUUCAGGUGGUCGGAGGUCCGCCCGGCGUUUUCCUUCCCUUUCCGGGCUCACAAAUGCGGGAAGCCGUCGAGCCACCAAGUCAUACGCAUGCUACUCGGUCCACACGCGAUCGGACAUGAUGUAUGUGCAGACACUGGCUCCAUCAGGCAGCACAUUUGACUUUGCAUGGGACAUGUUCUGUAACUUCUUCAACAACAGGGUGGGCGCUGACUGGAAUGAUGUACAGGCGGAAUUGACGGAUAUCCGGCGCGAACGACUCUUGAGCGAAAACUUGCGUGGAAAAGAUGGAGCAGAUGACGGCCAGCGCUUGUGGCUCCCAAUAUCAACAGCACCUCAGUGUGUCAAUGAAGGUGACGCAGCUGCCGACUCUGUUGAACCUAGGAGGAGGAAGCCGAGCGUGACGGUGCUGAUGCAUAGUCAUAAGACUAUUCCGGAUACCAACCUGGAGAUUCAGGCGAGGACCCCAGAAAGCGGAUGGUGA